AUGGAACAUGAGCUUAAUAAAUCUUUAUCCUCGUUGGGAACCUUUUCAAAUGUUAAACUUGUUGGUCUCUGUGGCACUUAUGAAGAUGGAAUGGAUUUUGUUGCAACUUUACCAAAAGAUAAACAAAAAACUAUCAUGUGGUUAGGUUCCUCAAUUGGAAAUUUAAAUAGAGAAGAUGGUGCAAAUUUUAUCCAUCGUUUCCAAGAAAAAUCAAUGAAUCCAGGUGAUUUGUUCUUAAUCGGAAUCGAUAGAAGAAAUGACCCUGAGAAAAUUGCCACUGCUUACAAUGAUCCUCAAGGCAUCACCGCUGAAUUUAUAAUGAAUGGAUUGGAUCAUCUUAAUGUUAUUUUUGAUCAACCAUUUAUCAAUCGUAAUAAUUUUGAUUAUUUUGCAACUUAUAAUGAAGAUGAAGGUAGACAUGAAGCGUAUUAUCGAUCUAAAAAUGAUCAAACAUUAGAAUUUGUACUUCCUAAUGAUGUCAACAAAGAAAAAAUCAAAAUUAAAUUAAAAGAAGAUGAACUUAUUCUAAUUGAAUAUGCUUAUAAAUAUAAUAAGGCUGAAACUACUAAACUUUUUUACGAUGCUCGUUUGGCACAUGUAGAAAGUUGGUCUGAUUCUGAUUUUCAAUAUGAUCUUCACUUAACUUAUAAACCUCCAUUCUUCUUUACACGUCUUCAAGAAUCAAAUGGGUCUGUACCAACCGUUGAAGAAUGGCGAGAAAUAUGGAAAUCAUGGGAUACAGUAUCCUUGAGCAUGAUUCCAUUGGAUAAAAUGCUUUCAAAACCUAUUUAUCUUCGACAUCCUUUUAUUUUUUACCUCGGUCAUAUUCCCGCUUUCCUUGAUAUUAAAUUGGCAACAUAUAGUCAUGAAACAUUCACAGAACCAGAAAGCUUUGCCACCAUUUUCGAACGAGGAAUUGAUCCUGAUAUGGAUGAUACGUCAAAGUGUAAUCCUCAUUCGGCUAUUCCCGAUCAAUGGCCAAAAUUAAGUUCAAUCCUCGAAUAUCAAGACAAAGUUAGACAAAGACUUUUACGUGUUUACGAUGCCUAUAAGGAUAAACAAAUUCCACGUUCAUUAGGUCGUGUCUUGUGGAUGUCUUUUGAACAUGAAGCAAUGCAUCUUGAAACUUUUCUUUAUAUGUUAGUGCAAUUCGAGGAUCCUUUACCACCAAAAGGCGUUGUUAUUCCUAAGUUCACUCCAUCUAUUCAUAAAGCUUCUGAUGCAAAAUUAAUUACAAUACCCACACAAACUGUUACACUUGGUCAUGAUGAUAAUGAGGAUCUCGACGACUCAGUUCUGUUAGACUUACCAUUCGGUUGGGAUAACGAACAUCCUUUACGGACAAUCACCGUACAAUCAUUUAAAAUUCAAUCACGCCCUAUAACUAACAAUGAAUACUUGGGAUUCAUGAAGGCAACUUUGAAUCGUAAUUACCCGUUAUCUUGGAUUCCAAUAGAUCUUCCAUCAUUUGAAUAUAGAGUUCGGACUGUAUUCGGACCUGUCGAUAUGAAUGUGGCAAUGAAUUGGCCCGUAUUGUUGAGUCAGGAACAAGCAAACCAUUAUGCCGAAUGGGCAAAUAUGCGACUACCCACUGAAGAGGAAUUACGAUUGUUUUAUGAUACUUACUCACAAAAUUCAGAUUUGGAUUCAAAUUUUGGAUUUGCCCAUUGGCAUCCAACUGAUGUUCCCUUGGAUGGCAAUUCUGUUCAUAAGAUUGGUAAUGUGUGGGCAUGUACUUCUACGAAAUUUGAAGAAUACCCUGGGUUCGUUAAAAGUAAAUUGUAUCCUGGAUAUUCUUCCGAUUUUUUUGAUGGAAAACAUUAUGUAAUUCUCGGUGCAUCAUGGUAA